AUGAUCGAGCGAACGGUCCAGGCCUUUACCCACCAUGUCAACGCCACCAUACAGACCUCACCACUGCUCUUCGUCUCAUACGUGCUCGCCCUUCUUGUGCUGAUCUACGUCGGCACGACUGAGCUCUACCGCUUCCGCGUCCGCAUCCCGGACUUCCCUGGCCCGACUGGCCUCCCUGUCAUCGGCAACAUCCACCAAAUCCGCGUCAAUGCCGCUGAGCAGUACCGGAUCUGGGCCAAAACGCACGGCCCAGUCUUCCAAAUCUCCCUAGGCACCACCCCAGUCAUCGUCGUCAACACGGCCGCUUCCGCGCGCGAGAUCUUCGGCCACAAUUCCCAAGCACUCGCCUCCCGCCCCGAGUUCUACACCUUCCAUCGCGUCGUCUCUUCCACGGCUGGAACCACCGUUGGCACUUCCCCGUACUCUGACUCCCUCAAACGGCGUCGAAAGGGUGCAGCUGCUGCACUCAACAAGCCCAGUACGCGGGAUUUCGUGCGGGAGUUCCUCGAGGAUGGGCGGGGUGGAAAGGGGAAGGUCGAUCCCUUGCCGAUCGUGCAGAGGUUGAGUUUGAGUCUGGCGCUGACGUUGAAUUGGGGCGUGAGGAUGAAGUCCCGAGAGGAAGGGUUGUUUGGGGAGAUUGUGGAGGUAGAGGAGGAGGUUAGUAAGUUUCGGAGCACGACGGGGAACUUGCAGGAUUACGUGCUGGUGUUGAGGUGGGUGCCGGGAUGGUUGAAAGAGUUGGUGGGUGGUGGGAGUAGUGCGAAGGCGGCGGAUUAUAGGCGGCGGAGGGAUGUGUACCUCAGUAAGCUGAAUGGGGAUCUGGAGAAGAGGUUGGAAGAGGGGUGGGAGGGGAAAUGUAUCCAGGCGAAUGUGAUGCGGGAUCCAGAGGCGAAGUUGAAUGAGGAGGAGUUGAGGAGUAUCAGUUUGACCAUGCUCUCCGGUGGUCUCGACACCCUGACCACCCUCGUGGCCUGGUCUCUCGCCCUGCUUGCUGAGCGCACCGACAUUCAAGAUACCGCCAUUGCCGAGAUCCGCAAAGUCUACGACCUCUCCAAAGACCCGCUCUGCGACGCCUACGACGACCAAAGCAUCCCCUACAUCGUGGCUCUGGUCAAAGAGCUGCUGCGCUACUACACCGUCCUGCGCCUCGCCUUGCCGCGCGCCACUAUCAAGGACAUCCUAUGGGAGGGUAAGAAGAUUCCUGCCGGGUCAGUGGUUUUCUUGAACGCAUGGGCGUGUAACAUGGACGAGGCGGUGUGGAAGGAUCCUGAAGUGUUCAGACCAGAGAGGUGGCUGGCGGAGGAGGCGCAUGAUGCGCCGAUGUUUACGUACGGGUUGGGCUAUCGGAUGUGUGCGGGGAGCUUAUUGGCGAACAGGGAGAUGUACACCAUUUAUCUACGGCUGUUGGCUGCGUUCAGGAUUGAGGACGUCGAGGCAGAGGACGGUGGGGAGAUGAGCACGCAUCCGGUCAGAGGAGUGAUCGAUCCGACGCAAUUGGUCAGUGUGCCGAAAAGGUACAAGGUCAGGGUCGUGCCGAGGGACGCGGAGGCGCUGAGGAGGACAUUGGACGAGGCGGAGGCUGAUGGAGAGAAGGAAGGUCUGAGCUAG